AUGUACAUCUCAACAACACUCCUCACUGCCUUUCUGGCCAGCACAGUCAGUGCAUGGCUGCCAGGUGAUAAAGAGCUCUUUUCUAAAGAGGGUGUUUCUCUCUUCGAUCCACAAGCGAAAAAUUCAACGACACGUCGCUGGACUCCGGCGUCUGGCAAGAUCCGAGGUGUAAAUCUAGGAUCUCUUUUCGUCUUUGAACCGUGGAUUGCUGAAGACGCCUGGUCGGCUAUGGGCUGUGGAGGAUACGCAUCCGAAUUUGAUUGUGUAUCUGGCUUGGGACAGGAGCAAGCUAAUUCCGCGUUCCAAAAUCAUUGGAAGACUUGGAUUACUGCUGAUGAUAUUGCACAAAUGGCAAGUUUCGGUAUCAACACGGUUAGAAUCCCUGUCGGGUAUUGGAUGAUGGAAAGUUUGGUUUACUCCGAUAGUGAACACUUUCCUCAGGGAGGUUUACAAUAUCUUGAGAGUAUCUGCGACGCAGCUGCAAAUGCUGGAUUCUACAUCAUCAUUGAUAUGCAUGGAGCGCCCGGAGCACAGGUUGCGUAUAACGCUGACACUGGACAAAAUGCUCCAACUCCAGGUUUCUACGUUGAUUACCAAUAUGCUCGUGGAGAAAAGUUUGUUGCUUGGCUCGCGACCAAUAUUCACCAAAAUAAUGCUCUCAGAAAUGUUGGAAUGAUUGGUAUUGUGAAUGAGCCAGUUCAGAAUGCUGGACAGGUUGCGGGUAUGAUUUCAUCUUAUUAUCCUGCGGCUUACAAGGCGAUUCGAGAUGCGGAGAACGCGUUGGGUGUUACCUCAAAUAACUACUUGCACGUUCAGGCUAUGGAUCAGGGAUGGGGUUCUGGCGAUCCGAAUUCCGGGUUUGGUGAUGGCGUUUUCUUGGCUUACGACGAGCACCGCUAUCUAAAAUGGUCUGACAUCUCCGUCUCCCAAGAUGCCUACCUCCAAUCUUCCUGCACAUACAAUCCGAUCUCCAGCACAGGCGGCCCAACAAUCGUAGGCGAAUUUUCAAUUUCUCCUCCAGACGACGUUCAAGAUACUGGAGGCUGGUCUACAUCCACCCAAGGUGCAUUCUACAAAAAAUGGUUCGAGGCACAAGUCAUGGGAUAUGAAAAUCAUGCAUUAGGAUGGAUUUUCUGGACCUGGAAAUCUCAAUUAAAUGAUUAUAGAUGGAGUUAUCAGGACGCUGUGCAAGCGGGCAUUAUUCCGAAGGAUUUGGAUAGUGUGGCGGGAAGUGGAGCUUGUAAUGGAUAUUAG